AUGCGUGGCGGUUUUCGUAGAGGCCGAUUUGACAAGGUUCCACAGCCGGGGACGAUUGGUAGCUAUACAGAGGCUCUUUACCCACCUCGUGCAUAUCACUACUAUACUCAGCGAUCACUUGCUGCUACUCCUACGGGUCCAACAGUAAUUGUUCCUAGCAUUGAUGAUGGCGUUGGGGACUCUCGUGGAAGAGAGGUAUCCACCCAAGGCACCAGCCCGGUGAUGCACAAAAAGAGUAUUCCUCUGCUCCGCGAUUUUGUAGACUGUUUCAUUGAUGGAAAUCAAUAUGUGGGGGACACUCGUGCUUUUGCUGUUGUGGAUGCUGGAAGUGAGCCCCUCAACAUGCUACAUUACCCAUAUUUACUGUGCUCUAAUACUGUGGGGGACGGCAUAUCGCCAACUGCAGUGACCGGAAAUCAGUUUCAAAACGACACUGCAGGUUAUCCAAACUUGCGUUUGUGGGAGGAGGUGCUGGGUCUGCCAAACGAAUUAAGAAUCUACAGCGCACUUAAUGCUCGUGGCGAAAUGACAGGUUUCACUGGAGAUCGUCUUAGAAUUCGCCCUGUAAAGCGUAAACGUGUCGUGAAGCCAGUGCGACGAGGCGCCAAAGUGAUUGUUCUUGCUGCUUUGGGUGACGAUGGCGUUCCAGAAACUCGAAGAGUUAAACGAGGUGCCGGAGAUGAAGAUGCCCAAGAUGGCGGGGCAAAGGCGCAGCUUAAGCAGGAGGAUGAUGACGCCGAGGAAGAACGGGGUGGCGAUUUUGAUAAAGACGAUGAUGAGGCAUCACUUUCCUUCCAGGUUGACGACGAUGAUGAUGGGGGUGAUUUGGAUGGACCCGAAGGCAGCGGUGGUGAGGACGACUUCUUUUGA